GCCUAGCGGCCCUGGCUCCCGCCGGCGAGCAUGGCGACCCACAAGCUGUCCUCCUCUGAGGAUUGGUUGUUGUUGAGGCCACUUGAGGGAGGUACCGUUUUAGGCCAGCCGCCAGUGGCCGAGUGGCCCAGUAACUCCUCGCCCUCAACACAAACAACACUGUCACUCUGACACUGUUCUGCCAGGCGAAGUUGGUGACUCCAGCAAGAAACAUUGGCAACUAGACGGAAAAAAAGUUCAAGAACAUUCAUACUAGUUACGAUAGGGAACAUGUGGGCCACUCCAAGGAUGAAGUAUUUGUCUCGAAGCUUUGGGACAUUGUGCCGGGUGAACGUUCAGUGUAGGAGUUUGGUAACCACUACCAACAGUGCACAAGUAAUUGAACAGCAUCAGUUUUACAAUGAAGAACAGCAGAAACUCCAGAAUGCCAUCAAAAAGCUCAUUGAUAAAGAGAUCAACCCUCAUGUAGAUGAGUGGGAGACUGCUGGUAUGUGGCCAGCACACAAGAUAAUGAAGUUGUUUGGUCAAGCAGGUUUUCUGGGAAUCAACAAGCCUGUAGAAUAUGGAGGUCUGGACUUAGACUACAAGUACCAGGCAGCCUUUAAUGAGGCUCUCGGUGGCAUCUGUGCCCCAGGUGUUGGCAUGGGGAUUGGGGUACAGACCGAUUUAACUACUCCUGCUCUUGCAAGAUUUGGGAGUGAAUAUUUAAAGCGCGAGUUCUUAGCGCCAAGUAUUUCUGGGGACGUUGUAUCUUGCCUGGGUGUGAGUGAGCCCGAUGCUGGUUCUGACGUGGCCGGCUUACAGACAUCGGCACGGCACCAUGGAGAGGAUUUAAUUAUAAAUGGCCAGAAAAUGUGGAUAACCAAUUCAUGGCAAGCUGACUGGAUAUGUCUUCUGUUGAACACCUCUGCUGGGCCGCCCCAUCUUAACAAGUCUCUUGUCUGUGUGCCAAUGAAGACUCCAGGAAUCCAUCUAACAAAGAUGAUUGAUAAACUUGGAAUGCGGAGCUCUGACACAGGACAAAUAUUCUUUGAUGAAGUCCGAGUCCCAGCCAAAAAUAUUAUAGGGGAGGAGGGCAAGGGCUUCACGUACCAGAUGUUACAGUUCCAGGGUGAGAGGAUGGCCAUGGCAUUAAGUGGUCUGGAACCAAUGAAGAUGUGUAUACAAGAGACCCUUGACUACAUCCGGGAGAGGAAAGCGUUUGGUCAGCCACUGCUCAACAACCAGUACUUGCAUUUCCGUCUUGCUGAGCUGGAGACAGAGCUCGAGUGUCUGAGGUCAAUUAUCUACAGGGCAGUUGAGCUGUAUGUGCACGGUGAAGAUAUAACUAGACUGGCUUCUAUGUGCAAGUUGAAAGUUGGUCGUUUAACACGUGAGGUGGCGGAUUCCUGCCUUCAGAUGUGGGGAGGAAUGGGCUUCACUAAUGAGAUCCUGGUGAGCCGCCUAUGUCGUGACCUGCGACUAUUCUCCAUAGGGGGUGGCGCUGAUGAAGUUAUGCUCACCAUCAUUUGUAAAUUUAUGGGAACUCUUCCUGUUCCUCCAAAGAAGAACAAAAAGUUUAUAACAUAAGAACAUCACAGCACAGAUCUAGUUAUUUAUGGUUGAGCAGUUUAGAGGAGGGUAAUGGAAUCAUCCCCUGAAAACCUGGGAUGUAAGUUAGCAGUAAAUAGAAAGUUUUGAUUUUGCUUCACCUUUGGGGUGAGAAAUUAUUAUGCCAAAUGUUUGGACAUGAGAUUAUUAUACAGUACAGUCAACCCUCACUUUACGCGGUUAAUUCAACCCACAGGGUACCGCGGAAAGUGAGAAAUGCGUAAAGUGAACAACAUAACAUAUGGGAUUAAUUGAAAUAGAGACCGG